AUGAAUUCUACCCUAUUCUUUUUGUAUAGUACUUUCUUACUUGUGGGAAGUACCAGAUUUGUAUGUGGAAGACGUUUGCAUCCCGAUACACAGUCGCAUAUAGAACCUUGUAGCAGUAAAAAGUGGUCCAAAUCAUGUUCACCAGACGUUUGCCUACAUGAAGAACAUCAAGCUGAGUUUGUCGUUGGGCUGAAGCCAUAUAAUGGACCAGGGGACAACCAAGAACUGUCUGUUAUUCAAUUGGCCAAGGAAAACCACGAACUAUUUAAAGAUGGCAAAAUAUCAUUUGGAUUGAGAAAGGGCGGACUAUUUGGUGGAAUAGGUUAUGAUGACUCUGGAUCUGAAAGGAAAUCUGAUGCAUUAAGAAAACAUGCAUACAAGUUUUUACAACUAAGGCAUAAUAACCGUUUGGGUUCUCACACUGAAAAGCAUUAUGUUCCGAUUCGCCAGAUGAAAGAUAGUCUGUAUAUUGGGACAAUUUUCGUUGGUAGCCCUCCUCAAGAAGUACAUCCGAUUUUUGACACAGGGAGCACGAACCUUUGGGUAGUUGGAACAAAAUGUAAAACUCCCUCAUGUACAAAAGUCACUCGUUUUAAUCCACAGCUAUCAAAGACAUUUAGGGCUUUAGCACGACCCAAAAGGAUUCAUAUAAAGUUUGGUACGGGUGAAAUAGAGGGAACACCUGCUCUUGAUUAUAUAUCAAUUGGUGGAGUUAAUAUUCGCCAAACUUUUGCUAUAGUUGAUAACGAAAGUGGUGGUUACGAUGGCAAUAAUGUAUUUGAUAAAAUCAAAUUCGAGGGAAUUGUUGGUUUAGCCUUUCCAGAAAUGUCUAGCAUACCGGGACCAUCUGUCUUUGACAACCUAUCUCAUCUGAAACACCUCAAACACAACGAAUUCGCCUUUUACAUAGGUGACGGACACAACGAUUCACUUUUAAUGUUCGGAGGUGUAGAUCCCGAUUUAUAUGAAGGAAAACUGAAAAUGUUUCCAGUUGUGAGGGAACACUAUUGGGAAGUAAAAUUGGAUGCUAUUUAUAUUGGACAGCACAAGGUAUGCUGUGAUGAGCCAUCAUAUGUUGUUUUUGAUUCCGGAACGUCUUUGAAUAGUGUACCUAGCAAGGAUUAUCGCGUUUUCAUGGAUCAUCUUCCAUACGGGGUAUGCUCUAAGAACAUUUCCGAUGAUUUAACGAUAACAUAUGUAUUGAAUGGUCAAGAGAUAAAAUUGACGCCGGAGCAAUACAUGUUGGUGAAUAAGGAUGAUUGUAUUCCAGCGUUUAUGCAAUUGGAUGUCCCAUCAGAGUUUGGCCAUGCCUAUAUUCUCGGUUCAAACGCAUUUAUGCGCCAUUAUUUCACUGUAUUCAGAAGAGGAAACGGCAAAGAUAUUCCAUCAAUGGUAGGCCAUACACACUUUAAAUUGGAAUUUUAUAGGUUGGGAUCGCUCCGUCUAGACAUGAUGAAGAAGUAUCUAAAAAAGUGA